AUGUCAGAUGUAUCAGAGAGAGCUCAUGUGCUCCAUGAGAAAAUGUUGGAGUCUCCCAGUUCAACUUUAUUCAAUCAACAAGAAUUACAAGACCUACUUCAAAUAACUAAACCAGUUGAAUUAUUGAAUUUGGCCCAAGAAUUAAUUAAUAGAAAGCUUGUUAAGUUAGUGAAACAAGGUGAUGAAUUGAAAUUCCAAGCAGUUUCCGUAGCGGAAGCUAAUAAGAUUACCAAAAUGACCGAUGAUGAAGCUAUGAUUUAUUCUUACAUUGAAGAUUCAGGAAGAGAAGGUAUUUGGACUAAAACCAUUAGAGCUAGAACCAAUUUACAUCAACAUGUGGUUGUCAAAUGUUUGAAAUCAUUGGAAAAUCAAAGGUAUAUCAAAUCUAUAAAGUCGGUGAAACAUCCGACAAGAAAGAUUUAUAUGUUAUAUAACUUACAACCAUCUAUUGAACUUACUGGUGGUCCAUGGUUUACUGAUUCUGAAUUGGAUACAGAAUUUAUUGAUUCUUUAUUAACCGUCAUAUGGAGAUUUGCUGCUUCCAAAACCUAUCCUACUGCAUUUCAAACUACUGAAGAUUCUAAUCCAGUUCAAUCCUCAUACCCUUCAAAUCAUACAGGAUUUGUUAAUUUGGAUACUAUCAUGGAGUUCAUUACAUCUAAUAAAAUCACAAAUGUUGAUUUAGUCAUAAAUGAUAUAAAAUCAUUAUGUGAUGUACUUGUGUACGACGAUAAACUAGAGUUGAUCAUCCAUACAACAGAUACGUAUAAAGCUACCUGGCAAAGUGUAUUGGAAGCAGGAUCUGGUAGACCAUAUGAAGAUAAAGCCAACAAAGAUGUUAUAAACGAAAAAUUCAGAGAAGUGUUGAAGCCAAAGUCAUUUUCAAUCUUUGAGCAUUACUCCGUGUUACCAGAAGUUGAAGAAGCAGAUACUACAUAUUUAGAUGCUUGGUUUCAAACUUAA